CGAACGCGCACGCAUACCCGACUUGGUUCUCUGUGUUUGCUGUGCGGCGGUUAUACGGCACACAUUUUCUUGUGUGCCGUGGUUAUUAAGCUAUGGCUGGCCGGAGGUCACACGUGGCCGCAACAUGCCAUCACGAAAUGGCUAUGUAAAUAAUUCACUACAUAUAUACACGUAUAUUUCGACCACGAGAUAUGACGCUACGUGUGCUGCUGUAGCAGCGCCGUUAAGUCAUAAAUCGGUGAUUGGUGAUGGUGUCAUUCGUUUUCUCGGCCUUCCGAGUUGCCAGCUAAUUGGUACGAGUAGCGCUUGAUCGGAAAUGAUCAACAUGGGAGGUGUAGGUCGUCUUUGAUCAUGAUGAGAACGCUUCCAAAACGAGGCGAAAGCGUCCAUGUGCACCAGUAACAACUGUGCUCAUGCAGUUCUGUGCAAGAUAGCGUUGAGGGAGUUGCUGUGCUCAUGCAGUUCCGUGCAAGAUAGCGUUGAAGAAUUUCCUCUGAACUUACAGAAUCAAAUGGCAGAUGUGACAGUGACGAGAACAAAAUGGACCCCUAAUUUCUAAAAUUACCCGAAUGCACGAAGGCUUACCUCAAGCUGAUGGAAGUUGACCUCCGAAAUGCACGCCAGAAACCUGCCGGUCUAUGAGGUUAACAGACGACAAACAACUGAACCCAAGACAACAUAAGUAGCACGUCCAUGGGCUUCGAACCCGCACUAUUACGGCUUCGUCUAGUUGGCGGGCUUCGUCUGCCGUCCAGCCAGAGAAAACACCAUGACCGGCUGUAGAUCGUGCCUGGACCGGCACUGGGGCUGGGUGGUCACGGCCGCCUCCUUCGUUAUGUACCUGGUCAGUUGCGGCACUCUCGGUCUUUUUGUUCUCCUCUACGUCUACUUUGAGCGGGAGUUCCACGGAUCCGCUGCUGCAAUAGGAUGGAUUGGUUCCCUAGGCAACGGUCUCCUCAAUCUCAUGUCUCUCGUCUCCAGCCCUUUGUACGAGAGGUUCGGCCACCGCAGAAUCAUCUUGCUGGGCGUUGUGCUCAGCAGUGCAGGCAUCCUCGCCUCCAGCUUCACGCAGGCGCUCUGGCAGAACUACCUGACGUUCGGAAUCCUCUUCGCCACCGGGCUGAACUUCCUCAGCAACCCCUCCGUUAACAUGAUGACCCUGUACUUCCCGGGACGCAACUGCGCGCGGGCCACGGCACUGGGGAGCAGCGGCCAGUCCAUAGGUACUCUGCUUUUGACUCCAUUGUUCGAGGCGCUGUUUUCUGGAAUAGGAUGGCGGAGGAGUCUUCAGGUUCUCUCAGUGGUGAAUUUCCUGACAUGCGUCCCACUGGCAAUGGUCUUCAGGCCUCCCGGGCCGCGGCCCGUCAAAUUUGACGGGGAGGCGGCCUCAUCUCCGGACGAGAAGGACGCAUUGAACAUGACCGAGGUUGGCAAUGCACCCGGACCCCUUGCGGAGAAUCGAGACGGAGAAUCGCACCCACGGACUGACGGACAGGCGAAUUGUCAGCCACCAAGCCGGCUGGCAGCGGCGAAUCCCGUCAGAGAAAACGAAGACUCGCUGCAGAGAGAAUUUAGUGUACGCAAGGGUCCCAGUGACGACUCCGACUUGUCAGCAGAGAGGACAACUGCUCUCGUGCCGUCAAGCGGCGCGCAGCCUCCAACCCAUCAAGAGGCGGUCGGUGAUGGGGUCGUCCCAGAAGAGUCCGCCGUGUUGACUCCAAAUGACCGGGUGUGGCGCAAAUACAUAGACCUGGCCAAGGAUCCCCGACACGCCUGCUAUUUCAUCGGCACCAUCGGAGUGACUGUGACUAUCGUAUUCAACGCAGUUAACCUGGUUAGCUGUAUGACCGUUGGCGGCAUACCUGAACCCACCGCUGCUUGGCUGAUUACCCUGCUGUACGUCACGGAUGUGGUCGUCCGUCUCGGCCUCUCGCUCAUGGGUGGACGCCUACCGAGGAAGAUUGUUUUGCUCUCGUUGGCGUCUGGCGUGGGUGCAGUGGGUGCUUUUCUGCUAACGCGGGGGACGUCGCUGUGGAUAUUCGUCGUGUACUCUGUCGUUGCUGGAUUUUUGCGGGGUACGAUUUUCGGCUUGGGCUAUUCUUGCGUGGUGGAGCUCUUUGGCGCCAAUAAAGCUGUGGAGUCGCUGACAUCUCUCCAGAUCGCCUAUGGGAUUGGUGGACUACUGGCGUCUUCCGUGGCAGGUCUGAGUUAUGACUUAACCGGUACGUAUCAGACUACUCACUACACGUGCUUAGGAAUCUGGCUCCUGUCGGGUUUCCUGUAUGUCGUCGUGUACCAAUGGAGACGAGUCAGUGCAUCCUGGUGUAAAUCACACCAGCACAUAUAGCCGUCGUCCCGAACUUAAUCAGCCUGAUUGUCGAUUGUAACAGGUGUAUAUCUGAAUGGAUAAUCAUUUAGUUCGGAAGUACAUGUAUCAAUUUACCAUGAUGCAUGUCUUUUUUUAAUGUCCAAUAUACGUAUCAAAUUUUUAAAGAGAAAAAUAUCAUAAACAAAGUUCUUAUUUAGCUUCCUAAGUUUCAUCCAGACUGUUCAUAUCCAGAGGAAAAACAAUGGUUCAACAUGUAACUGUGCCUGCUUUCUGGCCCAUAUUAAGAGCACGUUAGUGACCUUCGUACCAGGCUGGACGUGCCAUAAAACUAAGAACUAUAUAAAUAUAUAUAUAUAUAUAUAUAUGCAAUUUCUUAGGUAUACUAGUCUAAAAGCAAUCCGUUUCAUUAAAUGAUAAUGAACUUGACCGCAUUUAAAAUUUAGAGGGCAAAAAUUGUCCCCAAAAUGUGCAAAUUUAAGCUGUAUUUGAAUCAAGUGCCCUUUGAAAUAUUGGUCUGAAAUCUUAAUUUAUUUAAAACACAAUUGUUUUAAAAUGCGAAUUUUUUUUAAAUACUUUGCUGUGCACGUUUUCUAUUUUACAGUUUUCUGCUUGUAUUUCUGAAUAAUUAGGGAAAUUUUAAGCUUUUAUGGAAAUUGAAUGAUACUCUUUGUACAUGCAUUGAUGAAAGUUUGAGGAACUCUCUUGAUGUCCCAGAUAAAGUAGAACGUAGACAAGAUGGACAAGAUAUCCUCAUAUCAGCCGUUUUUAUUCUGCUUCCGAAUACGCGACUAGAUGAGCGUGUGACUUCUUGACACAGAGCUAUGAUUUUGAAUCCUGAUUUGCCCUGACGCGUAGGCGCGCAAGGAAAUCCGCGACGCGUGUGAUUCCAAACAAUCGCGGAGGCCGCUCGCGCACGUCAGCGGUGUGAGAUUUGUAACAUCAGUUUUGCUUCAAGAUGCCCGCCCACAAUCAGCAAAGCUUCAACGGUCAACUGAGAUAUUAAGUUUCAUUCUGUGAAGUCAUUGUGGUGACUCUCGACAAGCUGGGCAUGCCUGACUAGGAAGACUAUUAGCAGUGGACCGCCAAGUUUUUGGGUCUUCUCGGCAGCAUCGAUGUCCUUAUUUUCAUCCAGUGGCAUCGGCCUCCCGAAAAGACGCAACCGAGAGUGGCAGGCCCUCACCCGCCGCGACGAAGACACGGGCCGCCGGUCGUCUCACCUGAGGGGCUUGGCUGACAACGCCGCUGGCUCGUUCCACGUGGACCUGCUGAUGUGGGAGCUGGAGAGUCAGAUGGGGGCGUACCGCGACGCCAAGCUUCGGAAAGUGCACAGCUCGUGCCCGAGCGAUCCCGCCGCACCGCACGCCGCCCCCGCCAGCGUCAGCUACGAAUGGCUGAGGCGAGACUCCCCCAAGAAGCGCGACCGGGACGUGCCAAAAGCCACGCGGCGGGAACUGACGGCGCUCUGCGAGAAAACCAAACCGAGCGAUCUGGACAAGAUACGGUCCGCAUUUGUGAGGGUCUUGACUGCAAGGGAACCCCCGCCAGAAGACGUUCCGGUGAUAUUUGCCGAUGUCUUGAAAGCUUUCGUUGAUGACAGCGGGGCUCCAAAGAGUAAUACAGGUAAACUGAAGACGGUGCUUCACCUUUUAGGGUCUGUACGGCGAUUGAUCAAACCCAACAGGGUUGAGCCGAGUACAUACACUGGGAUUCCGUCCACACGAGAUGCAGAGAAUCGUUUACCACGGGAAGAGCAUCUAUUUGCGGCGCAAAGGGCGCACUUACCCUGCCUGAUCAACCUGGAAAAUGAAGCCGUCGAUUUUGCGCCGGCGCUCCGUGGACACCUGACCAGUCACAGGUCAGACAGCAGAGACGCGGCAGAAGUUGACCUGGAACUGCAGCGGUUAGGCAGGGCAGCCUGGCAGGGUUCCAAGGACGACAUCCAGUGUAGUAGAUCGACUAAGUCAGACCGCAGGACCAGCAUGCCUAGAGAAACCGGCUUUGCCGCCCGGGAAGCUGCGAGCGGCGAAAUGGCGGUAGUUGAUCUGGUUUCAGCCUCGUCGUCCGAGGAAGCACUCGUCGUUUAUACGGGCCAAACAUGCUCCCCAGUUCGUGUCUAAACUUCGCUGGUGACGGUACUGCUACGCCCUCCUUCCAAUCUUCCCUCUGCCUUCUCCCCUUCUUUCACACGUAGGUAGAUUUGCUCAUUUAUCACCUUAGAUUUUCAGAGCUUAUCUCCAGACUUUUCAAGUGCCUGAAUUGCGAAAUUUCACUAAUCAGGGUAAGUUCGAAAAAUACAGAUUACUGGCCUGGCACCAUUGUACAAAAUCCCUGUGGUGAGUAUAUAUUUUCAAAAAGUGGAAGGACAUUUUUUCGAAGUUCGAUUUGAAAAAAAUUAUAUUUUUCUGACCCCGAUUUUACAAAAUACAGUCUUUUCCAAAGUUCGUUUGUUCGAGACAUACAUUUUUCAGUUCGUUCGGAUGAGAUCUAUAUUUUAAAAAAUAUUCUUUCUAUUUUUUGUAACAAAUCGUUUUUACGAGAUAUAUUUUAAUGAGGGUUCUUUGUUAUAAGAUAUAUUUUUUCCAAGUUAAUUUUCAGGGGAUAUACAUUGUCAGGUGCCAAUUUAUUCCUAAAAAAACAAAUACUUUUAAAAUAUGACUAUAUACUUUAUAAGUUUUUACUAUUUAAAAUAUAAACGAAUUUUAAAAACUCCUAAAAUCGAACUUGGAAAACCGUAUUUCAUAAAAACGAAAUUGAAAAAAUAUACUUCCUAAAAACGAACUUUAAAAAAAUAUUCUUCACUUCUGGAAAAUGUAUACAUUAUGGCACUUCAGGAUUACGGUACCAUGGUAUGAUGCUUGUUGUUUUAUUUUCACCAGCUUAUUUAUCACUUACGCUCGACGUCUAGAAACCAGACACUCGUUUGCUGUAGAGUGUGUGGCACUGUUGGUGAGCUUUGAGGUUAAGGGGAUGGUGUUCGAUACAGACCCAAAUACGCACGCACUUUGUCGAUGCCUCUUGCAAUCCCAAAGACGUGCAUCUCGGCAAUGGCAUGGAGUUGCAAGGAGUGCUCAAACUGAUUUGUUCAAACUGAAUUAAUUGAAUUCAAAACCAGUCUUAAAUCGUGUACUAGUGGCCUAGUUCCCACGUUAUUGUCAACUUUUAUUGCGCCCUCACGAGGUUCCUUACAACAGUAUAUAAUGAGGGGAAUUCUUGCGUUGUUAUUAUUAUACGCUAUAAAUUUGGACAAUUCUUUUUUAAAACUGUGAUAUUUUCUGUACCGCUGAAACGUAUGCCAAUGUCUCUUGCUCUUUUUCAUCGAAGGAUUUAUCUUUAGCGUUCCCUUGCAUAAAUUUGAUUUUGUUUUGUUUUUUUUUUUCUGCUGAGAAGGCAAGUCGUUUAUAUAUUCAUUUUCAUGCGAGUUUAUAAUGAUAAUUGCAAAAGUAACCAUGAAAUUAAACAUUACGUUUUAAUAUAUUUUCGUAUAAAAAGAUUUAAGUCAAAGAUUGUGUUACCUGUCACCCUCAAACGAGAUAUUUCAUUGUAUAAAAACUGCAUAUUUACAUAUAUGGGAUGAUCUUACACGGCAAGCAACAAAUAAAUAUAUGAAGCAGUGGGCAGAACGCAGCAUGGAA